UUCAUAUCAUCUAUAUUACGGAGAAAACGUCACAAACAAGAUAACUAUGCCUCUCAUGGAAGUUAAAAAAGGGAACUAUGGAUGGUUUAAAAGGGCACAGAGCUGAACCAGGUCUGUAUGUCAUAAUACCGUGCUACAGCUAAAAUGGCAUCCCUCAUGAUCCCCACUCUACUGCUGUGCUCCAGCUCGCUCAGUCGCUGCUCAGAGAGCAAAGAAUAUCCUCUAGAUGUCUUCGCCCCACAGGAGGUGAAAUUCCACUCCCUAGACUACAGAAAUGUCUUGCAUUGGAAGCAACAUGCCAACGCUACCAACGACCAACAAUACUUUGUCCAGUGGAAAGUAUAUGGGGAGAAGCAGUGGACCAAUGCAAAGGAGUGUCAUGGCAUCAGCCGGCUGCUCUGUGACCUGAGUAAGGAGACAUCCGACUCCAGAGAAUGGUACUACGCCAGGGUCCAUGCAGUCCACUCAGGGACCCAAUCACCAUGGGUCAUAUCCGCCAGAUUCAACCCUAAGUGGGAGACCUCUGUCAGCCCACCGACUAUGAAACUUCAUGUGACGGAGAAAGGCAUUGUGGUCCGGCUCAAGCCUCCACGCUCUCCCCACAGGAGACCUAAUGGCAGCUGGAUCAGUGUGAGGAGGCUGCAAAGAAUGUCAUUUACUAUACACCUCAUGCAAAGUGAUGUUGAGGAGGAAACAUUUGAAAUGGAGGGCUGUGCCAAACAGUUCCUGAUCUCAGAUCUGAGCCCCGGGACCACCUACUGCCUGACGGCCGAGAGUCGCUUGCACCUGCUGGGCCGUAGAAGCACCCGGAGCCCUAGGGCCUGCAUCACCACACUGUGAGAGCCAGGAUCUAAUGUCUUCCCCCAGGGGAAAAUGUAGCCCUGGAUUUCUCUGCCAAACCGGAAACUCAACAUGAUACUGUGACAAUCAAACCUCACUUGAAGUAUACACUGAUUUAUCCACUAUUACCUCAGGUACGGCACAGGGAUGCACUUUUAGGAUCCUUCACAUUUCUUUCAUCGAUAACUUUGUUGACUGUUGUACGUAAAACAAUGAGUAGACACCAAACAAUUAAACAUUGUGAUAUGUCAUCAAUAAUUAAAUUACAGCACACAUAGCAGGGGUAGGUAACUAGAUUCAGCCACGCUCUGAUUUUUGUCAGAGUGGAUGGUUGGGGUGGGUUGGAACACAAUUAUAAUAAUUUGUGCACUGCAGAUUGACCACAACUCAGCCAAAAAUGAGAUUUCCUAAAUCAAAAUCAUUUGUAGAUGAAUUCUUGGUGAUUUGAAAGUAUUAUUUUUUUAAACCAAAAACUUAACAUUUUGGGAGGACAAAAUAUUCCAUUUGCGAACUGCCUGUUGCAAAUUAAAAUGAAAGGGGGAUACCUAGUCAGUUGCACAACUGAAUGCAUUCUGCCAAAAGGUGUCUUCCGCAUUUAACCCAACCCCUCUGAAUCAGAGAGGUGUGGGGGCUGCCUUAAUCAAUGUCCACGGGAGCAGUUGUUAUUGGGGGUUAAUUGCCAUGCUCAAGGGCAGAAUGGCAGAUUUGUCCACCUUGCAGGCUCUGGGAUUUGAUUGGUCAAAAGACCAAUAAUGGGGAACAAAGAUCAGAAUUUGGCUGCCUGUGUAAACACAGCCAUAGAAUCCCAGUAAAUUACAGUCUCCUGGGUCCUGAUUACAUUGACAUGUAAUGAAUCAAUAAUUCAAAUAAUGAAUCAGUUUUACUAGCACUGGUUUUGCAGAAAGCUGCUUUUUUUAUUUGCAAUGACUGAUAUGUGGUUGUCUUACCUACCUUACUUGAAUGCACUGACUCUAAGUUGCUCUGGACAAGUGUCUGCUAAAUUACUCAUUACACUGUCUGUAUUUAAAUGCAAAUAAAACCUACUCAUUUUGCUUUGACAAACA